AUGCCAACCUACCUCUGUCACGGAUUCCGCUGGCAUCGGCACAGCAUCCGUGUCUUCGUUGUCCUACAGGACCUCGAGGAAGCUGCCCCCGAGUGGAUCCUAUCGCCGCAGUCUACAUCGUCCAUUCUCGAAGCCUUUUACAAAGUCUUUGACUUUAUCCCCGAGCCGGAUCCGAGUCCGGACUCGACAGCUCGUCGGACCGCCAUAGCGACCGCGGCCCCAGCCGAGGCGCCGGCGCCGCCAUCAUCUGUCCCGAUCGAAGAAGAUGCAGUGCUGGCUUACGAUUGGUCGGCCGUCAAGCUCCUAGAAGAGUAUGACCCCAACAACUUGAAGGAGGUCAGCCGGCCUUACGCCUUUGUAGCGGACCACGUUGUACGGGUCGAUCUGGAUGUGAGCGUCGCCGAGGAGAUUGCUCGAUACGAGGAAAGAAUGGCUAAGAAGAGCGGCGAGGAUAAGCCCAUGCUGGGCGGUGCCAGCGACGAGUUUGGCAAAUCGGGGAAAAAAGGUUCGGGAGGCUCGGGGAGCGGGUCCUCGUCGACGAAGAAGGCUGGCUGGUUGGAGAAGCUGCGAGAUCAACUGCAAACACACGAGGAGAUCCGGUGGUUCGUGGUCGUGUGCGACGAUGAAGAUGACAGCGAUUCGACCGAAGCGGCGCCGCCGCCACGACGGAACCAGGAGGGCGGGAGAUCAGGCGGCGUGCCACUGCGGGAUCACAUAGAGCGGGAGCAGGCAUCCCGGCCGUCAAGCCGGGCCUCUGGAUCCAAACCGCCAAAGCAGGGUGGCUUGAGGAGGUUAUUCGGAAAGAAGCAGGAUGAUCUUGGGUAG